AUGAUGUCCGCUACAAAUGAAGACGAUCCUUUCCUCCAAGUACAAGCCGAUGUACACCACCAACUUUCCCUUACACGCCCCCUCUUUACCUCCUACCUGCGUAUCCACUCUCUAACCAAAUCUCCACAUCCAACUCCCGAACUCCUCUCCGCCCGCUCCGACCUAACCACCUCCCUCUCCCUCUUAACCGACGACCUUCAGGACCUUCGCGAUUCCAUAUCCGCAAUCCAAGCCGAUCCCUACAAAUAUGGUUUACAAAUCGAAGAAGUAUCUCGUCGGGUACGGAUGAUAGGGGAGAUUGGAGGUGAGGUAGAUGACAUGCGGGAAGAGCUUGAGAAAACCAUGGGUGGCGCAUCAUCCAUGGCUGGAGGGAAUGCAUACAAUGAUGACAAUACCGGCUCACCUCUAGACGAUGACUAUGCCGCGGAAUUCGAACACCAACAACAAAUGCAAAUGCUAAAGCAGCAAGAUGAGCAACUCGACAGUGUAUUUCAUACCGUAGGGAACCUCCGUCAACAAGCCGACGACAUGGGCAGGGAAUUAGAAGAACAAACGGGAAUGUUACAAGAAGUAGAAACGGUGACCGAUCGAGUGAGCGGGAGACUGCAAGGAGGAAUGAAGAGGAUGAAUAAAUUAGUCAAAGAGAACGAGGAUGGACUGAGUAGUUGUUGCAUCGGGGUGUUAAUUUUCGUGCUGAUUUUGUUGUUGGUGCUUGUGCUUAUUUUGUGA